AUGGGGCGGUACCGCAACCGGCCAGUACCGGCGGCGUACUUCGUGGACGGGUACCAGAGGUCGCGUGCCUUCAUCGUGACGGAGCGGCCGGGCGCAGCUGCGUGCGACGCCCUCUGGCGCCUGGCUUGGGAGCAGGGCGUCACCACGGUCGUGCUCAUCGGAGUACUACAGGGCAUGGAGGAAUGGUUCCUGCCUAAGCUGGGUCGUGUUCGAUCAUUCCGUGACCUCAGUGUCAGAGGUCACACAGAGCGAGCCCUGGUGGGCUGCGUCGUCCGAGAAACGAUCGUGUCCAAGCUGAAGGUGCUUAAGCUCGUGGGGAUGAUGAUCAUGUUCGUGCCGUACCAGGAAAGGUUGCUGAAGGGCCGGUCCCGCCGGUGCGGCGAGCGGCGCCUCCAGCUGUGGCAGUACACCGACUGGCCAGAGCUGGGGAUGCCCGACAGUCCCCUGCAGCUGCUGCACUUCACUCGGCGCAUCAUCCUCAAGCACAAACAGGAGCUGGGCGUAUUCUCCUACUGGCAGCAUGCGAUAGGCCAGUGUCCGCACCUCCUGACGACGCUGGCCGAGUACGCGUUCCUGCACGACUGCCUGCUGGAGCGGGUGACGGCCGGGGAGACGCUCGUGCCCCGUGACGGGGCUCGCCGGUACCUGGAGCAGCUGCAGAGCAGCUGCGGCACCGGCUUCCCGCACUCGACCGCCGAGAAACAGUACAACAGCGCCACGGACCUGAAGGUGCGUCAUUUCACUGUGUCGUCGGGGAACCGGCCCUGCAACGAGGGCAAACGCCGCGGUAGCAGCUUUAUCCAGAUGGAGGACUCGCGCGUGCGGCUGGCGCCGACGUUCGGACUCGACGGCACCGACUACGUCAACGCCUCCUGGCUGCCAGGCUAUCGACUGGCAAAGGAGUACAUUCUGACCCAACACCCGCCGCCCAGCACUGUGCUGAGCUUCUGGCAGAUGGUGUGGGAGCACCGCGUGACCACGGUCGCCUGUCUGUCACCCGAGGAAUGUGGUGUGUUCUGGCCACUCGCGCAGCCCAUUUACUGUCCACAAUUUAUCAUCCGUUACGUGUCCGAGAGUGCCGACUGCAGCGCCACCUAUAAGACCUCGUGGAUCGUGCGUUCCUUCCGGAUGGACUCCGCGGAGGGCGCAGGGGCGCUGACCGUGCGGCUGGUGUCACUGCCCAUGUGGCCGGAGGAGGCCUCCAUAGACUCGGCCAUGGAGGGCGUGCAGGCCGUGCAGGAGGUGCACGGCGAGAGGCAGACACCGCUGCUCGUCGUCGACAGGUACGGUGGCACGGAAGGAGCCAGCUUUUGUCUUCUGGGCACGGCGCUUCGGCAGCUGCAGCAUGAGGCGUGCUUUGAUGUAUUCACGUACGCCAAGCUCUACCAUCAGAGACGUCCAGGCAUCUGGAAAAGCAUGAGGGAAUAUCUUUACCUGUACCACGCGGUGUCAGCGUGGCUGGCGACGCGCGGAAACGGCGUCCUGUACCGAGGAGCCUCCUGCACCAGCCUCUGCGAGAGCCGCACCCCGACAGAAGCGACUCGGGACGCAGCUCACGGCGUCAUGGUGUGACGCUCGCCAAAGUGACAAUGUGAUGUUCGACGGGGUGAGUGUGUGACGCUCGGAAGGGUGAUGGUGUGUCGCUGGAGAGGUGGUCAACGAGGUGAUGGUGUGACGCUGGAGAGGUGAUCGGCGAGGUGAUGGUGUGACGCUGGAGAAGUGAUCAGCGGGGUGAUGGUGUGACGCUGGUUGAGAUGAUUGUGUGAUGCUAGGUGGAUGAUUGUGUUAUGCUGGGUGGGUGAUGGUGUAGUUUCGGGUGAAAUGGUAGUGUGACGCUUGACUGGAUGAUGACGUCAAGGUGGGAGGGAUGAGAGUUGGCUGCUGCUGGGAGGCGUCAUGUGCGACAACGGAAGGGGAUAUUGUGAUACCGGUCGGGGUGAUA